CUCCUGAUUGAUUAUCUCGGUCGGAUUCAAAUGACUAGAAAGUCUAGAAUUGUAAUACAAGCAGUAACAAGCUGCCACCUGAAACUGAAACAUCCUCCCAAAAAAUUUACCCGCCGUGCGAGAUGAACAGACUCUUCCGUACAGGUCGUGAAUAUUUCACUUCGACCUUUGUUACCCACUUCAGCGCCCCCAGAUUUUUCUCCCCCAUUUCACACUUUCACUCUCCAAGCGAAACACCAUUGCCCGACUCAAAGCUGGAGUUUUUGGAUGAGCUAGACGAGUCUCCACCAUCGACAGUACAUGGAGCCCCAUCAGAUUGGAUUAGCCCUACGAAGUCGACUGUCCGUCAUUUGCAUCCGUGGCCGGAAUGGGUGGAUUUGAUGGAAAUUUUGACAAAGAAAGGGUACCUUGAAGAAGGAGACGGAAACCCUUUCCAAAAUGGCGCAAUGGGUGUCAAGGAAGCCAACCGAAUUCGCACUGCAUGCCUUGAUUUUACCCGAGAUAGGUUCGAUCUUAUAAGUUACUUCUCGAGGAAAGAUAUCGAGGUCGUUGCAGGAUCUGGAUGCCCAAGCACAGAUAGGAAAGUUGUCAACUCAGGCAAACGUCUAAGGGCACAUGUAGAUAUUGAUGAAGGAAAUGUUUGCAGCUCCUGCAUUUUGAGGGGAAACUGUGAAAGAGCAUAUGUGAUGGCAAGUGAGGGUGAAGGGGGGCGGACUGUGGAUCUCAUGCGCAUCCUAUUGACAUAUGGGCUUGACCCCAUUACUGGUACAGUGGAGAACAUGCUCUGUCGAAGCAAAACAAUUGAAGAAUCUGCAAGAAGGCUACUAAAAGCAAUGGUGGAGUUUGGCUCCAAGGAAUUUGAUUCCCUUCUCCCAAAUGCUACCUCAUCCAAAAAGGUAGCAUCACUGCAAGAGAGUCUGGCAUCAGCCGAAAAAGGCCGAACUAAUCUUCCAAUUAAGCAAGGUGAUUGGCUUUGCCCAAAAUGCAACUUCCUAAAUUUUGCUAGAAAUAUUAAGUGCUUGCGAUGCAAUGAUAUAUCCCAAGAAAGACUAAGGAAACUAUGGGAGGAUCAAGAUCAUCUUCCAUUGAAGAAGGGAGACUGGAUAUGUAACAAAUGCAAUUUCCUAAAUUUUGCUAGGAAUACGAUAUGUUUGCAAUGUAAGGAGAAGCCUCCAAAGCGGGAACUCAAUCCAGGGGAUUGGGAAUGUGAUUCGUGUAACUUCAUCAAUUUUGGAAGAAACAUGGUAUGCUUGAAAUGUGAUCAUAAACGGCCAAAGGCUUCUGCUCAACCUGGUCAUGAAAUUCAAGGAUUUUCCUCCUAUCAUAAGGGGUCUAGGUUUGUUAAAGAUGAAGAUGAAACCAGUGGUGAGCUUCCUAUCAGACAAGAGACGCAAAGUCCUAACAAUGGUACAGCUAGGUGGAGAUUUGUGGAGGAUGAGAGUAAGGACAUUGAUGGUUCAAAAUCAUGGGAUGGAAUUUCUGGAUUUGUAGAUUUUCCCAUUGCAGGGGGUAAAAGCGAAUUGUCUCAGAAUUCAAGUAAAAGAUCAAAAUGGAAAGCAGAGAUGUUGGAGAAGAGCAGACCCCAUUCAAGGGGAGGCGAAUCUAGAUCUGCCAGCCUCCAGAGAAGACCAGAGUUUGUUGAAUGUAGCAGUGAUGAGGAGAUGGCUGAAUGGUUUGGGCAUGGAAAGAGGAUGCAAAUGGAGGAGUAAACCUGACUGAAACUGGAUCAUGGCAUGGUUGUGCCUAAAUUUAAUACGGUGUCUACCAAGAGGUUUACAUCAAUCGCAUAUCCAAAAGGUUAUUUAGUGUUCCGACUGAUUGAUUGGGAUGCAAGGUAGGGCAAAUGAGAUUUAUAGUGGCAUUUCAAUUUCAUUGUUUGUUCACUUUAUUAAACUUGUAUCUAGUGAUAUUUAAAAUAAAAAAAUAAAAAAAAUCUUUUCAAAA